AUGUUAACAACAACGGAUCAGCAAAAAAAAUGUCGAGAAGAUGUAGAUGCUGUAGAAAAUUUUUCUAAACGAUAUUAUGAUAUCUUUGAUACAAGAAGACAUGAUAUCGAUAAAUUUUAUCAAGCAGAUGCUAAAUUAGUUUGGAAUGGAAUUGAAUUCAAUGGACAAAAUGCAAUUGCAAAACAUCUCGUUUCAUUACCAGCAACACGUCAUAAUAUUUAUGCACUUGAUUUUUUUCCAAUGAACGAUUUAUUUCCAAAUGAAGCAAAAACAUAUCAAGUAUUUGUUAGUGGUGCUGUCAUAUAUGGUCCACCCGGAAGCACAUCAGUUCCGAAAGAAAAACGUCUUUUUUCACAUAUAUUUGUAUUAACUGUUGAUGUUAAUUCAUUAAUAUGGGUUAUCGCUAAUGAAUGUUUUCGUUUUCAUGAAUAA